AUGAUAGCUUUUCUUUCGAUACUUUGUUGGCUUUCUGCAAGCCAGUUUGUUACGAUUCCUAUUUUAUAUAGUCGAUAUACCCCUUCAUGGGCUGUUGACUAUAUUAAGACCAAUAUAGCAUGUUCAGCAGGCACUGAAGCAGCCUGCAGUUCAGACUCUCCAUUUCAAUAUGUAGCGAUAGAAAUCAAUGAUUUUUCAGAUUUUGAAAGCAUUUUUGAAAACUCUGGAUAUAUUUUUGUUUUCGAUGGAACCCAAUCUCUCAGUAUGACUUCUUUCAUAAAUUAUUACGCAAGGGCUUAUGGAUUUAUUCAAGUUGUUUAUGGAAAUGCUCCAGAAAAUACUCCAGAAUAUGUUUACUAUACAGAUUAUCCCUUUUCAACUUAUAGAAAAGCAGCUUUAUCUAUAGCGAAAAAAUACAAUAUUCAAAAAGCAGUGGCUAUAAUAACUAGCGAUUUUCCCGGGAUGGACUUUACUAAUAAUGAAGGCGUUGAAAUUGUAGCUCAAUACGUAAUUAUACAUUCGGCUCCAUACGAAUAUAUUUUGCAGCUAUUAGCAAAAGAAAUCAAACCAUUAGGAAUAAAAUGGAUUUUCUUUGAAACAAGCACGCGCGUCUCUGAAUUGAUUCAGAAAGCUUUGGUAGAGGCAGAUAUGUAUAAAGAAGGCUAUACAUAUCUAUUUAUGCAAGAGGCUUCUUGAGGCGCAUCUUUAGAAGGAGCGAUUACAUUGGAAGCGCGCUGAUAUCAUAGUAGGGGAAUUCUUGAAUUUACAAGUAAUGCUAUCUAUUGGACUUCUGUAGGGAUAUACGAAAUGAUCACUACUAACGAAAUACAAGGAUCUUACUCUCCAUAUACACUGGAUAAAUUCAUAGGGCAAUUGUUCACUUUUGAAGCUCAAGGAUUCACAAUUUGAAAUGCCCAAAGUGAAGGAAACUUAACAGCUGUAGGGAAGAUCAAUGGAGAUGGACUCAAUAUAUAUUCCCCUGUUAUGUUUCCUGGAGGAACUUAUAAUCUUCCAAAUAAUGAUAAUUUACAGAUCGCUUUCAGCAUAAAUGGAGCAUCAUCUACAGAUGAUGGAAGAAAUGCCAUGAAUCAGUUAGGAGCUGCUUAUGCAAUUAAUAUCAUCAAAACAGAGAAAUUAAAGCUGGAAAAUUUUGAUAUAGUUACUAAUAAUAUUUCUGACUGUGGAAGUAGUAAUUUUGUCUAUAACUCUUCAUACGAAUGCUUUGCAAAUCAUAUCUCUGAGUUCGGAUAUUUUCAUAUAUCAGCAAUAGAGACAUCUAUGGCUCUUGGAAUGAUUGAAAUAUUGAAAGCUCUAAAUCUAUCAACUCCAGUAUUAGGAGUAGAGACAUCAACUACUAUGAAUGAUCUUAAGUAUUAUCCUCAAUAUAUUAGAGUAUCUUAUCCAAAUUCACACACAGCAUCUGCUGCUGCCCUAAUAUUAAGCAUUUUUGGCAUCUCAAAAUGCUCUUUCCUAUACUCUGAUUCGAUAUGAGGGAGAGACUUUGAAUAUCAAUUUGAAAAUCAGACAAAAUCAUACAAUAUACAAAUUUUGAACAAAAAUAGGGCAGUUCCCUUAGGAUUUAAUGGCUCUAAUAGCAAUAUUAUAAAAGAAGUUAUCAAAACCAAAAGCAGAUAUGUUGUAUUAGAAAUUUAUCAGCCAGAUAUUUUAUAUGUGAUAGAAUCAUUUUAUGAUUUAGGGAUGAGAAAAGGUGAUAUUUAUUUGAUCGUUGGAGAUGGAAUGAUAAGUUUAUCAGACUUAGAUGAACAAAGAAUUGGCUCUAAUUCAUAUAAAAAAAGAGCAGAAAUCAUGAAUAAUCUCAUUUAUAUAAGCUUUCCAGCAUUUCAAAACCAAGCUGGCUUAGCUAUUGAAAAUGAGUUUUUAUCAUUAUAUGGCUUUGCGUAUGACUAUAUGUGCUUAUUCUAUGAUGCCGCGUAUCUUGGAAUUUAUGCAAUUGACUAUUUAUUACAUGAAGGAGUUAAUGUUAAUAGCUCUACAAUCGUUAAAAUAAUUAGAGACAUCAAAUUUACUGGCUGCUCUGGAAUAGUGAGGAUAAGUCAAGAUGAUAGUGACAGAUUAACGACAAAUCUUGGAAUCCACAAUUUAAUAGAAAUUAACUCGACCUGGACAAUUAAUCAAUGUGGACGCUAUGAUCCAAGCCAACUUAUUGUACUUCAGAUGUCAAAAACUAUUUCUUGAGUAACUGAUGGUGAAGUUCCUAAUGACAUUAUUGGAGAUGGUCAAGAAUGCCCAUUCAGAAGUAUCGAUGUUCAAUCAUUUUUUUAUGGAUAUAUUCUAUUGAUAAUUAUAGAAAUUAUUCCCUUCAUAUUUGGAGUUGGUGCAUUGAUAAGGUUUUACUAUUAUAUUUUUGAGCCAAAGCUACAGAAACUAACAUCUCCAGAAAAAGAGAAUUUAUAUGAUAUUCUUUCAUACCUGCUUAUGUUAAUUGAAAGUUUACAGUACAUGCAGAUAGGACCUGAUUUUACAAAUUUUUUCCCUAAGUGAUCUAACGUAACUAAGCUUUCAGUCCUUGACAUCAGAGGUUGAAACAAGCAAGAUAAGUUCACAUUUUGAAAUCAAGUCCAGCUAUUCGAAGCACUCUCGUUUUUAUGAAUUAUUUUUCAGUUAUGGAGCAAAUUAAGAAUAGUUCAAAAAUCAAGAAACUUUAUAAUUAUGACGAUCAAUGAAUUCAAUCUAUACUUUUUGCCUCUAGUUGGAGAUGCACUAUUUCUUCCUAUAUGCUUGACUCUUUUUCAAACAUAUCAAUGCACUAGCAGUAUUGGAAACAAUUUUAAAGACAGUUUCAAUAAUCAUGCUUGCUCAACUUUUUGCUGGCAAGGAGAGCAUAUUAGCUAUGUAAUCGCCUCUUCAAUAGCUGUUUGUUUAUAUAUGCCAACAAGUUUGUACUUUAGAUCAACCUGGAAAGAUGAUCAUCCUUUUCAUUUUCAAGAGUCAAUAUUCCAUUGCGUAUUAAAAAGCUUUGUGCAAAUGGUUUUAAUUGCGAUAUAUACUAUUGUUCAUCCAGCAUCAGAGGAUACUUUUUUAGGACUUGGAAUAGGUUUAUUAUCAGUAUAUAUAGCUAUUUCAAUAUUCAAAAAGCCUUUCAAUUAUGAUAGAGCCUCACUGUGAUAUAUUAUAUUUUUAUUUUGCAGUCUAUUAAUUUGGGUUUCUUGCGCAUUAGCCAAGCUUGAUGAAGUUUUUGCAUUGAUCCUACUUGGAGUAGGGUGGACUUUCAUUAUAGUUGCUGGGCUUUUUUAUCAAAAAAUGUAUCUUCCUUCUCUUUUGCUAUCUGAAAAAGCUCAAAAUAUUCACAAAUUAUUUAGGUUUCAAUUAUUUGCAAUGAGUCCUGAAGAUGCUGGGAUUUCUAAGUCCGUUAGAUAUUUGUAUGCUCAAAGCUCUGUAAAUGAAGAUGAAACAAAUAAUAGAACGAGAUACAAUUUUAAGGUAAAUAAUUUCCAAAGUGAAGACAACAUGCACUCAAGCAAGAAUUUUAUUGACUCAAGUAAUUUGAAUUUUGAAGGUAUAAUUUAA